UCCAGAACACAGGGAACAAAUGAACCUGGCAACAGCAUUCCUUGAUGCAUCUGAUAUCUAUGGGAGUACUGAAGAUGCUGUAAAGUCACUACGCACUCUGAAUGGGGGACGUGUUACCCUAGAUGUCUGCUCAAGGUGUCAUGAGGCGUCCGGUGUUGGAACACUUUAUGCUACAUUGCUGAGGGAACACAAUCGAGUGGCCAUAGAACUGGCAUUACUGAACGAGCACUGGGAUGAUGAGACUCUGUUCCAAGAAGCACGACGCAUUAUCAUAGCACAGAUACAACAUAUAACAUACAAAGAGUUCCUGCCAACAUUGCUUGGAGAGGUUACCACCGAGAUGCCAGAACUGAAACUGAAGGACCAGGGCUAUUACAUGGGAUACUCCAGUUCAAACCAAGCAGGGACAUUUAAUGGUGUUGCUAUGUCUGCACUGCAAGUGUUCCUCUCCAUGAUUCCACCUGAGCUAGACAACAACACGCACAUGGCUGAAUACCUGCACAUGGUACAGUUAACACUGAGAACCCCAGCACAGCAGCCCAGUCUACACAUAGCUCCUGCUCUGAAAGAUGGAACAGAAAGAGGAGCACUUCUUGUGCACAUUGGACGUGACCAUGGGCUACCAAGUUACCAGCACUGGCUGCAAAAAUGUAACCAUAGCCUCUCACAACCACUCUCUUCCAGUAUGAAAAAAUUACUGCACAGAAUUUACACCAAUACAGAGGAUGUUGAUCUCAUUGUGGGAGGCAUUUUGGAGACCCCCACGUUUGGUGUGGUACUUGGACCGACAUUCACCUGCCUCUUGGUACACCAGUUCAUCAGUGUUCGCAACAGUGAUAGGUUCUGGUAUGAAAAUGAUAUACCUCCAUCAUCAUUUUCACGAGAACAAUUGGCAGAGCUGCGCAAGGUGACAUUGGCUGGACUGCUGUGCAGUAACGUGCCUGGCCUGGACGAAGUGCAGUCCCAAGUGUUUGUGCAGGAGGACCCCUAUCUCAAUGUGCGGAUUGCCUGUUCAUUGCAACCAACCCUUGGCUUGUCUCCAUGGCUUGAGAAGGAUGUAACAAUGAAAAUAUCAAAUGAAAUGUUAAGUCAGGCAGUGGAGAAGGCUGAAACUGAUGUGAAACUACGCAGACAGCGAGAAUAUGAUCUUUGGGCCAAAAAUGGAGGUGUUGAUCCAAAGUCACCCAUUGGAACUGCUGCUGCAUUCAGCAAAGCGAACAAGCAGGCACUUAUGCUGGCCAACACAUCCAUACUGCUUGAGUACACUUCCCAGGAGCUCAUGAUCUCUCUUAAUAAUAUUAGAGCACAGAGACGGAGAAGACAAGCGUUUGAUUCAGGCCGAGACAACAUCCUCAACUUCCCAGUUGAUUCUCUCAAUGAUGACUUCAGUGAUGGUCUACAGAAUGUGGACAUCACUUCUUUUAUAUCAGCCCCACUCACUUCACCUGACUGCAAUUCUCCUGAUGACAGUGGACCUUGUGAUGCACAGUCACAAUUCCGGACUAUCACGGGUCGGUGCAACAGCUUGAGAAACCCAAACUUUGGGAAGUCAAUCUCCACGUUUGCUCGACUCCUGUCACCAGCAUAUGAAGAUGAUGUGAAUCGUCCACGUCUCAACUCCGUGACAGGAAGACCCCUACCUUCUCCACGACUUGUGUCUACAAUGAUCCAUGCUGAUAUUAGUAACCUGCACAACAGAUACAGUCUCAUGCUGAUGCAGUUUGCUCAGUUCCUUGACCAUGAUAUCACCUUCACACCUGUGCAAAUAGGAUUCUUCGCAUCCAUUCCUGAUUGUCGUGCCUGUGACUCACCUCGCACAGUUCACCCUGAAUGCAUGCCAAUUUCUGUGCCCCGUGGGGACCACUACUAUCCUCAAGUAAACCGCACUACUGGGGAGCAGGUGUGCUUCUCAUUCAUGAGAUCACUCCCAGGACAACAGCAUCUCGGUGCACGUGAGCAGAUCAACCAGAAUUCUGCUUUCCUUGACACAUCUCAAAUAUAUGGGGAGCAUUCCUGUAUGGCCCGAAACUUGAGAAGCUACGGAGGUCGCCUCAAUGUGACACGACACCCUGUCAAAGGGAAAGACUUACUGCCACAGUCUCCGGUCCACCCAGAAUGUAAAGCUCCAUCAGGAUACUGUUUCAUAGCAGGCGAUGGCCGUGCCAGUGAACAGCCUGCCCUCACUGCUAUCCACACACUCUUCAUGCGCGAGCACAACCACCUUGUAGAUGGACUGCAUGUGGUGAAUCCUCACUGGGACGAUGAGCGCCUCUACCAACACGGUCGUCGCAUUUUAACAGCUGUGGCGCAACACAUUACCUACAAUGAGUUUCUACCUCGCAUCUUGGGUUGGAAUGCCAUCAACUUGUAUGAACUGAAACUCAGACCUCAAGGAUAUUACAAAGGAUACAACCCAACAUGCAACCCCAACAUUGUUAAUGAAUUUGCAGCAGCAGCAUUCAGAAUUGGACACAGUUUGCUACGUCCACACAUCCCACGCCUAAGUCCAACAUAUAAGGUGGUUGAUCCCCCAAUCCUCCUUCGAGAUGGCUUCUUCAACCCUGACAUCAUUUAUCAGGUCCAUAUGAUAGAUGAGAUAAUACGAGGUCUGGUGUCCACACCCAUGGAGAACAUGGACCAGUUUGUGACUGGUGAGAUCACAAACCAUUUGUUUGAGGAUCGCCACAUUCCACAUUCAGGGGUUGACCUCAUAGCACUGAACAUUCAAAGAGGUCGUGACCAUGCAAUUCGUCCAUACAAUGACUACCGUGCACUGUGCAACCUGAAACGAGCAAGUGGUUUUGAGGACCUCUCCCGUGAGAUUCCUCCUGAAGUGAUAGUGCGUCUCAAGCAAAUCUACGCAACAGUGGAUGACAUUGACUUGUUCCCUGGUGGCAUGAGUGAACGCCCACUUCAAGGCGGUCUAGUGGGACCAACAUUUGCUUGUAUUAUUGGCAUCCAGUUCAGACAGCUUAGGAAGUGUGAUCGAUUCUGGUAUGAAAAUGAGGACCAGAUCAUCAGGUUCACAGAGGCGCAACUGGGAGAGAUCCGCAAGAUGACGCUGUCCAAGAUCUUAUGUGAGAAUAUGGACAUUCAGUCUGACAUGCAGCGUUCUGCAUUUGAUCAGCCUAGCAAUUUCUUGAACCCCAGAGUUCCCUGCCAUUCACUACCUCAUAUUGACCUUACUGUGUGGAAAGAGACUCCACAAGGCUGUCAGAUUGGAGGCCGUUCUGUAGCUGUCGGAGACUCAGGAUUCCCUACGCCUUGCACGAGCUGCAUCUGCACUGUUGACGGGGCACAGUGUGCAUCACUGCGCAUCACAGACUGUGGUCAGCUCCUGCGUGAAGCAAGCCGUGACGCCAUCCAACGGGAUGAUGUAUGCACAGCACAGUGUGGGUUCUUGCUACAGGAUGAUUCACCAAUAUCAUCAGGUCAAGACAGUCUAGACAUCGUGUUCACCACAACUUUGCCUCCAUCCAUCCCACUGGACUCUCGGGCCCGCAAUUCGCCAAACACUGCACUAGUGCCACCACUGCCAGUGCUACAACUCCCACCUCGCAGGUCCCAGAGAACACAACAACCAAAUGCAUUUGGAGGAGGAUUCAGACAAGUGUCUGAUCUCUCACGCUUCCUUGGCUGAAUAACUCAUAUGUGUAACUAUAAAUCAGGGACAGUUACAUCUUGUUACCAUUCCUAUAAGGGAAAAGCCCCAACACAGGACUGAAAACAUACCUACAAGUGUCAGCAUAGUAACACUGCUGAAUCAGUCAACUACGAUUGAGUUAAUGUAAGGUUGUUGCUAAUGCAAUUUGUUUUGCAGUUAUAUUUCCCAUUCCAUACAAAUGUCAUUGAGUUUCCCUCCUCUUAAUGAAGUCAUGACUCAGUCACAACGCAAACUAGCAGGCACAAUAUCACAAAACAUUCACAGAAGAGGCAUUCAACACAGAGAAAUCUGGAAUUAAAUUCAUAUUGUCUAUUCAGUGAAGUCAUCUUGGGCAAUCAACCUCAUGAGAAUGGAGUGGAUAUCAGCUUCAUGCUCACACAACUGACACCGAUGUGUCUUUCUUUGUAUAUUCAGACCUUUUAUGCUGCAUUUUGUGCAAAUGGUAAUGGAUGUUGAGAAGAAAUUUUAUUGCUUUAUAUUUUUCAGUUAAAGUGAUGCAGCACUUCUGUAAAUAUUUGGUGAAUAUGUACUGAGUUAUGAGAUGAAAGAAUGGAUCCACAUUUGUUCCUUAAAGUUUCACUGAGCAAACUCAAUGACAAUAUAUCUACGUAUGUGGAUUAACAGCAAAAUGUAGUUUGGUGGUAGCUUCCUACCGUAAGAUACAGCUACCAGUACUUCACUGUGCCAUAGAUGUCUCCUGAAUGGGGAACAAAGAUAUGAGAAGGGCCUUCACAGGACUAACAAGCAUGAUUCAGUUCUGUGUUAUGAAGCAUUGGAAUUCUACCUGAUCCAUCAGAUUAAUAGGUUAUGGUAGUCUACCCUUCAGAAUUGUUUCAUUACAGUAUUUCCAUACUAAUCCCACUACUGAGAACCAAAUUCUGUGAGAAGCAAUAUUAAAAUUAUGUACUUUCUACUUUAUAACAUCAUGAAGAUGGUUGUCUUCUGGGUUAUAGAGAUAUGUAGUCUGGUAGUACAUUUCAGAGGACCUUCCUGCCUCCAUAUCAGGGCAAUGAUGUUGGAAGCAGCAAUGUCCUCUGAAACCAGACUACAUGGUGUUACAACCCAGAAGACAGCCAUAUUUAUCUCACCACCAUAAGAACCUAAAAUCAUACUUAUAACAUCAUAUACUGCUUGUAAAUUAGAAUAUAAUAAUUACAUUUCAAAACUUGCAUAGAAACUUAGGAAUAAAAAUAAUGGUAGCAAUGUUGGAUUUCCAUGUGCAAUUUCAUAUUGAGAGGAAGAUAUGGGUAAACUCCUGCCUCAUAAUGCAGCUCUGAACAUGUGACCCUUAAUGUGUGAGAAUCCAUCAGAGAUUAGUGCAGUGAUAUUAUAAGUUACCCACACAAAUUAUACUGAAACCUAGUGUUAAGUUAGGAACUGUAACUUUUAUCGCAAUGAAUUAUCAUCCAUGUUGCAAGAUUUUAAUAUAGAUGCUUUGUGUGAUGUAUCAUUUUGUAUGCUGUAUGUAAAUUUGCUCUAUAUACUGUAUCAGCGCUCAGAGACAUCAACAUUUACUAUCAGACUGUUAUACAAAAACAAAAUAUUUAUUGUGUUGUAAAAUAUUCUCAUUAGGGAAAAAUGUUUUAUAAAAUAAAAUAUUUAAACUCAA